ACGUCGGAAGCCUGGGAGGGAGGAGGAGCGCGCUCCCCCCUACCUCAGCCAGCCGCUCCCGCUGCAGCUUGCUUAGCCCAGCCUCCCGCCCCCCCCUUUCUCUAAAGCGAGCCCCCCACGCCUGACGGGAGCUAUAUAAGACGGAACCAGGCAGGCGAAAGGGGCAGCGCAACCGAGCAGAGCCCAGGAGAGGAGACAGAGAGAGAAAGAGCCUGAGCGAGAGACGGGAAAGCAAGGAGGAGGAAGCCACCGGUGCGUCGGGACAGAAACGCAGGUGUUCGGAGCGCCCGAGCUGGAGCUCCGCAGCCGCUAGUCAUGUACCGCUCCACCAAGGGCGCCUCCAAGGCGCGCCGCGACCAGAUCAACGCUGAGAUCCGGAACCUCAAGGAGCUGCUGCCGCUGGCCGAAGCGGACAAGGUCCGGCUGUCCUACCUGCACAUUAUGAGUCUUGCCUGCAUCUACACUCGCAAGGGAGUCUUCUUCGCUGGAGGCACUCCUCUGGCGGGCUCCACAGGGCUUCUCUCAGCUCAAGAGCUUGAAGACAUAGUGGCGGCACUACCUGGAUUUCUGCUUGUGUUCACAGCAGAGGGGAAGCUGCUAUAUCUGUCUGAGAGUGUGAGCGAGCAUCUGGGCCACUCCAUGGUGGACCUGGUUGCCCAGGGUGACAGUAUCUAUGACAUCAUUGAUCCAGCUGACCACCUAACUGUGCGCCAGCAACUCGCCCUGCCCUCUGCCCUGGAUACUGAUCGCCUCUUCCGCUGUCGCUUCAACACCUCCAAGUCCCUCAGGCGCCAGAGUGCAGGCAACAAACUGGUGCUUAUUCGAGGUCGAUUCCACGCUCACCCACCUGGGGCCUACUGGGCAGGAAAUCCUGUGUUCACAGCUUUCUGCGCUCCACUGGAGACAAGACCCCGCCCCGGCCCUGGCCCUGGCCCUGGUCCUGGCCCAGCCUCACUCUUCCUCGCCAUGUUCCAGAGUCGUCAUGCUAAGGACCUGGCCCUUCUGGAUAUCUCAGAGAGUGUCCUAAUCUACCUGGGCUUUGAGCGCAGUGAGCUGCUCUGUAAGUCAUGGUAUGGAUUGCUACACCCUGAGGACCUGGGCCACGCUUCUGCUCAACACUACCGCUUGUUGGCUGAAAGUGGAGAUAUUCAGGCAGAGAUGGUGGUGAGACUGCUGGCUAAGCCUGGAGGCUGGGCAUGGAUUUACUGCCUUUUAUAUUCAGAAGGUCCAGAGGGCCCCAUUACUGCCAAUAACUACCCAAUCAGCGACAUGGAAGCCUGGAGCCUCCGCCAGCAGUUGAACUCUGAAGAAACCCAGGCAGCCUAUGCCCUGGGCACCCCGACCAUGUUGCCCUCAUUCCCGGAGAACAUCCUCUCCCAGGAGCAGUGCUCCAGCCCUAAUCCACUCUUCACCAUGGGGCCUCCCAGAAGCACCAGUUUCCCCAGUGCUCCUGAGCUAGGUGCUGUCUCAACAUCGGAAGAGCUUCCCCAAGCACCCAAAGACCUUGGCUUCAGUUACCUGACAUUCCCAUCAGGCCCUCAGCCUUCUCUUCAAGCAGACCUGAGCAAGGACCUUGUGUGCACGCCACCCUACACACCCCACCAGCCAGGAGGCUGUGCCUUCCUCUUCAGCCUCCAUGAGCCCUUCCAGACCCACAUGCCCGCUCCAUCCAGCUCUCUACAAGAACAGCUGACUCCAAGCACCAUGACAUUCUCUGAUCAAUUGACGCCCAACAGUGCAACUUUCCCAGAUCCACUGACUAGCCCACUACAAGGACAACUGACUGAAACCUCAGCCAGAAGCUAUGAAGAUCCUUGCACCUCCACCUUCCCAGACCAGCUGCUUCCCAGCACUGCCACCUUCCCAGAGCCUCUGAGCAGCCCUGCCCAGGAGCAGCUAACUUCUCCCAGCACAUCAUUCCAAGCACACCUGAACAGCCCCAGGCAGACUUUCCCAGAACAACUGAGCCCCAAUUCCAGCAAGACUUACUUCGCCCAGGAGGGAUGCAGUUUUCUCUAUGAGAAGUUGCCCCCAAGUCCUAGCAGCCCUGGUAAUGGGGAUUGCACACUCUUGGCCCUAGCCCAGCUCCGGGGUCCCCUCUCUGUGGAUGUCCCCCUGGUGCCUGAAGGCCUUCUUACACCUGAGGCCUCGCCAGUCAAGCAGAGUUUUUUCCACUAUUCUGAGAAGGAGCAGAGUGAGAUAGACCGUCUCAUUCAGCAGAUCAGCCAGUUGGCUCAGGGCAUGGACCGACCCUUCUCGGCUGAGGCUGGCACCGGUGGGCUGGAACCACUUGGGGGGCUGGAGCCCCUGGACUCUAACCUUUCCCUGUCGGGGGCUGGUCCCCCUGUGCUCAGCCUGGAACUGAAACCCUGGAAAUGCCAGGAUCUGGAUUUCCUGACUGACCCUGAUCUGUUCCUGGAAGAGACGCCCGUGGAAGACAUCUUCAUGGAUCUCUCUACCCCAGACCCCAAUGGGGAAUGGGAGUCUGAGGAUCCCGAGGCAGCGGUCCCAGGAGGGGCCCCAUCGCCUUGCAACAACCUGUCCCCAGAAGACCGCAGCUUCCUGGAGGACCUGGCCACAUAUGAAACCGCCUUUGAGACAGGUGUCUCAGCAUUCCCCUACGAUGGGUUUACUGAUGAGUUGCAUCAACUCCAGAGCCAAGUUCAAGACAGCUUCCAUAAAGAUGGAAGUGGAGGGGAACCAACGUUUUGAAUAAGUCUGUGACUUAACGUCGUCAAGUAUGGCAUAUUGUCAUCAAGACGUGGAGCCGUUCUCCACCCCCCCGGGAUUGUUGGGGGGAUUCUGGGGGCCAGAGGGGGAUAGAUCUGAUUCCCCAGGCCCUUCAGGAUUUGGGGGGGGGGGAGGUGGGAGGACAAGGGAGGGGAGCUUCUUUUUAAAAUUUAGAGACAUCAAACGAUCCCAGUUUCCAUUUCAAUCUGUAUUCACUCGUAGUGAGUUUCCUUGAAUGGGAUUUCAAGCGGAGAAUGGGGGAGUCUCAUUUCCCCCGCCCCGCGCUGCCCCAUGGGCCUGGGCCAGUUCUCCACUCCUGGGGGCCAAGUCACCCCUGGGUCUUGGUGGGGGAAAGGCAGUGCCCAUCCGGGCCAGCCUGUGCCCUGAGGGGCUCUUGACACCCACGUAGAAUUCUCUACACACCAGUAACGGGAUUUCAAUUCCGAUGGACUCUGCCGCCCUGGCGGCUCUUCUUGUGACUUUUGCGCCCCGCGCCUGGGGUGGGGGGCGCGAAGAGACGCUACGUUCCUUUCCGAUGGAGGAAGGCAGACCUGCCGCCGUCACACGUGUGCUUGCACGAGUGCGUGUACCUGGUGCGGGACUCACCCGGCUGCCCGACUGCCUGGGCCUGCCCAGGUGGCCACCUCGUGGUGCUGCGGUGACUUUGUAGCCAACUUUAUAAUAAAGUCCAGUUUGCCUUU